AUGUCGACCUCUUCGCCGUCCGGCCAGCAGGAGGUCAUUGUUCGUCUGAACACUCUCAGCAACACUACUGCCAAAGUUCGCCACCGUCGUAUCGUUCUCUCCAAAGAGACACCCGUGGUUUCCAUCGGUCGUACCAGCAAGAGACGGUCGUUGUUUGAGGCCGCCGAGACGAAUGGAUACUUUGACUGUCCUGUCAUGUCUAGACACCACGCUGAACUCAGGAUAUAUGCCAACAUGAAAGAAGUCGUCCUUGAGGAUGUCGGCUCCCUGCACGGGACGUAUCAGAACGGCACCCGCCUCGCAACAAGGAUUCCGAGGAUCCUCUAUUCAGGCGAUAUUGUCACUUUUGGAAUGUCCAUCGACAGAGGCUCCGAAAAGUUCUCUCCUUACGAGGUCAAGGUUGACAUUGACUGGAGACAUUCUCCGCCGCAGGACAAGCCCGUCACCUACAGGGUGCCCGACGAGUCGGACGUGGAGGAUGAAAGCGACGACGACGAUGGCGUCGAGAUGUCGUACUCGAAGCAGGUCAUGCAGAACAACAACUUCCGUCCUGCCCAUCUCAGCGAGUUCGCUAUUGACUUGAUUUCGAACCCUUCCGAGCCGCAUCCCUCGGACUCUGAAAGCCCUUGCAAGUCGGCACAGAUUAUGGAUCUGACCUCUGAUGAGGUUUCUGGAGUGACCACCGUCGAUCUGGAUGAGGCUCCUGAGGAGGAGCCCGUCACAAAGUCACCAAAAAAGUCGUCUCAGGAGACACCCGUCCCUGGAGCAUUCAAGGAUUACGAUGAUGGCUCUUCCGACGACAACGACGACGACGACGACGGCGAUGACCAGUCCUCUCAGGAUGAACAGGCUAAUGAGGAUGACUUUGUCACCGAUAACUCGGAUUCCUCUCCUUCUUCCGACUCCGAAUCGGAUACCUUUCCGUACGAAGAGGACCCAUUCAGUCUCGGAGAGGAAGACCAGGCCGAAAAGGCAGCGACGUUCACUGAGUACGACGAAUUCUCUGUGGAUGCUAAAGAAUCGCCAGUCUCGUACAAUCCCUGGGUUUCCAGCAGCAGCCCAGUACAGGCCGCCACUUCGGAGAUCGAGGAGCAGGAUAUUCCCGACAAGGAGCCCGUUUCCGUCGACGAGCAAGCCAAGGCCGCUGCUUCUACUGACAAGCUGAUUCGUCCCGUGGGGGGCUUGUUUUCGAAUCUUGCGGCUCUCUGCCCCGAUGAUCACCGUGCACUGUCUCUGGGUGCGCCCCCGACUAUUGAGCGGGACAGCGGUGCUUGUGGUCUAAGCCUGAGUCCGGCUACGCCGGACAUCCGGACGUCCCUCCCUGCCAUCGGAAAGGGAUUCCAACACUUUAGCGCCAGUCCUCACGCAGGCACGUCGUCGACAGCAGAGGCCCUCGGAUCCAUGACGGGCAAGAUAGAAGCCCAGCUCCCUCGAGACGCCAAGGGUUCGCCGGGCGUCGAUCCUCUCACAGCCGGUGCCGGCAUGCACAACGACGGCCUGGGCCAGCCUGACGUCAACAUGCUUGACUCCGCUCGCACAUUUGACGAUGUUCCCGCCCGGGCCAAUCCGGAAGCAGCCGAGAAGCCGACCGUCCAACAGCCACAGCAGUCGAAUCAGUCAAGCGGUACGGAUGUCAACGGCACGGCCCCUGCUACCAUUGCACCCAGCACUACGGCGACCAAGAGGAAGGCAGACGAGAUCUCGGCGGCGAGCCGAGAGGAGAAGGUUGCGCUCGAGAGGGCCCAGUACAGGGCGGCCACGGAUCCGGCGCAGGAUUCGGCCAAAGCGACGGAAGACGCUCCCGUGCCUGCCCCCGAGGCGACGAUGGCAGUGGAGCCCCGUUCCGCUCUCGGAUCUGUCACGCAGUCCCCGACUGCAAUCUCGACGUCUCACGACAUGGAUCGCCCUACCAAGCGAUUCCGCCGUGCUGUCGAGGUGAUUGGUUAUGCGGCGAUUGGUGGUGCAGCCGUCGUUUCGGCUCUCAUCAUGACAGCUCCCGCCCUUUAG